UGGUCCCCUCCCCUCCCGCCGCGACUCCUCCGGCCGCCGCCAACGCUGCACCCCCCGUUUCCCUCCCGACGGAGCGAUGCGCCCCAUUGAGGCGCUGCUGCCUUGUUGGGGGCUCUUCCUCUUUGGGGGCGCCCUCCUGGCCCGGCAGGUGCGAGGCCUCCGCCACAGCGUCUACUGGAACGCCAGCAACCCCAGGUUCUUCAAUUCAGACGGAGGCUACACCAUUCAGGUGUCAAUCAACGACUACCUGGAUAUUUACUGCCCCCAUUAUGACCGGCCGUUGGUCAGCGGGAAGCCGGAAUCCUUCACUUUGCUUAUGGUCAACGCCGACGGAUACCAAGGUUGCUACGAAACGCCGGGAGCUUUCAAACGGUGGGAGUGCAACCGUCCAUAUGCCGCCUAUGGAGCUGUCCGGUUCUCCGAGAAAAUCCAGAGGUUUACCCCGUUUUCGCUGGGCAUCGAGUUCCAGAGCGGCCGUGAAUAUUACUAUAUAUCUAUCCCUGCCCCGGAGAGUCUUGGCCAGUGUUUGAAGCUACGCGUUUCGGUUUGCUGCAAAGCUACCACCACCGCAGAUCCCGCGACAGAGGCACCCAAAUCUCAGCCCCGAGGGAGAGGCGGUCCAGAGAAAGCGGUGGUCAUUCGUGCACGCAGCCCUGCCCCGAUCCGGCUUAGCGUCGUCGCCUGCCUGGCUCUCCUGGUGGUGCCCUUUCUUUGGCUCUGACUGCAGGGAAUUCGGAUCGCGUGCCUCCCUCAAGACUUGGGCCGGU